GGCAGUGGCUGCUGCGCUCUAGCCUGGCUGCCGCUCGCGCCUUCUGCUGGCGCGGCCAGCGACCCCCGAGCGAGGAUGUGGCCUCUGCCGCCCGCGGCCGCGCUUCUCUGCCUCCUCUCUGUGCUGCUGCCGCGGAGCGCGGCCAGCUCCGGGGAAUUUCCGGAAACAGUGCCUCUGCCAACAAAUGUUGUAAUAGAAUCCUUGAACUUCAAGACUAUAUUGCGCUGGGAUUACAUGCGCAUGCCUGAACCCCCUCACUUUAUUGUGGAAAUCCAACCUUAUGAGCUAGGAAAAUAUAAGCCAGUCAGCAUCUGCAUGAACACAACUAAACAUUAUUGUGACCUCUCUAAGGAAAUAGAAGAUCUGACUCAGUCUCACUGGGCUAGAGUUAAAGCUUUCAUUGGGUUAGAAGAGUCUGAGUAUGUUGAGACCAAAGAAUUUGUUCUGCGACGGGAUGGAAAAAUAGGACCACCGACUCUGAAUGUCUCUAUUGAGAGAGACCAAAUUAGAGUUGAGAUUCGCCCCCUACGCGCUGUUCGAAAAUAUAAGGACUUCACAUACAAGGUGUUUCUUUGGUCCGGUGAAGAGCUGAUUGAAGAGCAUGAAGCAGGGCCAUGUAAGAAGCAUUUAUGUAGCAUAGACAUUCCAUUUUUUAAUACUGGUUCCACCUACUGCGUUUCAGCUCGAGGACAUUCAUCGUUUGUUUCAGAUCGAGGAUUUUCCCAAUCCAAUAAAAUUUGCAUUCAUGUUCCUUUAGAACAGCCACUAGACUUAAAAAAUAUUAUGAUAGGUGUUGCUGUUUUCGUUGGCCUUGGACUGAUUUUGGCCAUGUAUUAUCUUUGCAAGCAACUAAAGAAGAGAAAAAUUGAACUGCCCAAGUCUUUGGUCACUGUGAUACGAAAUCUGAACUCACGCAACGUUUUAGAAACAAAACCGGAAGCAAAAUAUAUCUCUGUCAUAACCUCAUCAUCACCUAAGCCAGCGUUUUCAGUGAGUGACGAGGUAAACUUGAUAGACCAAGUAGACCAAGUUAAAGAAACAGGGACACCUAAUCCUGAAGACUGCAGUGAAGAAACAGACACUGUCAGCUCCCAGGAGAUAUCAAACAAAACAGAAGAGAUGUCUAUCCAUGAAAGCAUUGCUGAAAUGACCCCUGAUGAUGAAGAAAGCCCCAGAGUGAAAGAGAAUUAUUUUCAUUCUAAUAGUAGCCAAACGGAGUUAAAUUGUAUUCCUUCAGACCCAGAGCCUUCCAACACAGAGGUGCAAGAGUCCCUUAUCCCAAAGAGCUGCAACAUGAUUUCUGGUUAUGACAAACCUCAUGUACUAAUGGAUCUCCUCAUAGAUGUUGGUGAAGAGGAGUCUGUGAUUGCAUAUAGGCAUACUGAUGAAGUGCAUAAGUCAUGAAGAGAAUCAUUGAAAACUACAAGGAGUCCCUUUUUGUGUACACAACAUAGACAUUUAGAAGUUUAUGAACAUCGUAGUCCUAAUGGGCUUAUCAGUGUGACUUCUUAGAGCAGACUCUUAAAAUUGAAGGGAACUCAGAUGGAAACUGCAACUAGUGUUGUCUCUGACAAUGCAGAAAAGGGGGAAGUGACUGCAACAUAUUGGUUCUGGUGUGAAGGUGUAUGUCUCACAUUAAGCCACUAAGUGGUUUGCCUUUGACAUUUUCCUUUAGGCUAAUAAAGAACUAUCUUUAUACAAAAGGAAAGAUUCUGCAGUAUCUUCUAAAUAAAGUCAACUGAAGAAUCAUCUAUACACCAUAUCAGUUUUUGGGAAUUCCCGAUUCCAGGGCCAAGAACAGAUUAUAUUGGGGCCUGUUCUGGAGUUAGAAGUGCUGCAUGGUGGGUCAUAAAUCUGUACAUCUGCACUAAUUGCAAGACAGUGUGCCACCGCUUCAGAAUGCCCACGUUGUACAUUUACACUUAGUGACACAGCUAUCUCUUGUGCUUUUGUAGCUUUAUCAAUGUUUUAUAUACAGAAGUUAUAUUGUGCAGUCACAUCUUAUGCUCUGAGAACCUGUAUGUUAGCAUGCUACCUGACCCUAAUUGCAAAAGACUAUUGUACUCUUAGCUGCACUAUUUCUAAACAAGCAAGACUAUUAUGCAGCAGUUAUUAAAAAUGUUUAGCACUUUU